CCAGCAGGAGGACGAGGGGGCCAGCUGGGGUUCAGGCCUAGCUGCAAGGACCCUUCUGGGCUGGUGGAGCUGCACCCCAGAACAGGGCCUGGGCCCACCCACUUACACAUCUCCCCUCAGGGAACCCCCUGGGGCCCCAAGUCCUUCCACUGCAGGGGAGUUGGGGGCUGGGCCAUCAGAGCCCCCACAUCUGCCUCCUGCCCCUGCCGCCAUGUUUAUCACAGUGAUGUUUGGAGCCGGCUGCUGGGAGCUGGUGAACCCCUGGUGCAGCCUGGUGACCCUCACUGCCCACUUGAGGCAGCGGGGACGGGUCCCCCCAGAUGCGACCAUCGCCCUCCUGGCUGAGGAUGGACACCUGGUGACCCUGGGGGACACCCUGGAGGAGGGGGCACCCCAGGACCCCUCCACGGGCAGGCCCCUGCUGCAAGAGCGGGAAACCUACGUCCUUGUUCAGGUUAUCAAGGGGGAGGACGGGGCCCCCACACGCUAUGUGUCCCUCUUGGAGAACCUGGAUGAUUGGUGCCCAGAGCUGGCAGAGGAGCUUGCGCUGGCUGUCGGGCCUGCCCCCCACGGGUGGACGGCCGGAGGAGGAGGCGCACAGGAACUCGGCACGGCCACGGGGAGCGAGGCCCCCCUUUCAGGCCCCGACGGGUGGGCUCUCUGCCCUCCAGAACCCGCUAGCUGGGGCCGGACCCCCAGAGCUGCCAGAGCAGGGCCAGGAGCCUGACCCUGGGACCUGACACACCAGGGGCCACCUUGCCAAGAUGAACCCAGAGCCAGGGAGUUAGUUGGCUGUGACCUCACCCAGUGGGAUCAAACCCAUCCAGGCAACCCAGCGAGAUUCCUCCUGCAGAAUCCAGAACUGCUGAGAAGUUCCAUCAGCAAAAGGAACAACGGCACGGGGGUCUCCAAGGGAGGGAGUCCACAGGCUCCCCCUGGGAUCCCAGCCCCCCAGAAUCGGAAGCCCUCGGGGUCGCC